CUUACUCUCGAGUCUCAACUCUCAACUCUCAACUCUCAACCCUCAACAGACUAACCUAACCUUUUCUCCUUGUACACAAUAGUCUAUAGAAGCAUCCAUCCCCAAAAGGGAAACGGCCAACUAAAACCAAAUAAUAAAAAAAAUCCAUCAGCCUCGCUCACCAGUCACCGGCAACCUCAACCUUUUUUCCACGGCCCCAACCCACCAUGGCCAUACGCAUACACAUAUUCCUACUAUUUCUUCUCCUUCCAAGCACUUCCGCUACCGCAUUCCAUUUCGAGGACUUCAACGUAGAAGAAACCAUCGCAGCCACUGAACUCAAGCCAAUCAAAGAAGCCGACACUCUCCAACAGAGCGAAGAGGAGGAGGCUCCCCGUCUCUGGAAGCUGAAGCUACACCACAGAGACAAAAUCACCGCACUACAUAAUACCUUCACCUUGCAGGACCACCGCAGCCGCUUCAACUCCAGAAUGAGACGAGACGCGAGACGCGUGGCCUCCCUCGUUCGCCGCACCGCAACAAGAAGCAACAGUUACAAGGACGACGACAACAACAACGAUGCUUUCGGUUUCGGGUCGAACGUGGUGUCGGGGACAGAGGAGGGGAGCGGAGAGUAUUUCGUGCGUAUAGGCCUCGGAAGCCCUCCGACGUACCAGUACGUGGUAGUGGACUCCGGCAGCGACAUCGUCUGGGUACAAUGCCAGCCUUGCAGCCAAUGCUACAACCAGUCCGACCCCCUCUUCAACCCCGCCACCUCCACCUCCUUCUCCGGCGUCGCAUGUACCUCCGCCGUCUGCGACCGCCUCGAGAACGCCGGCUGCAACCAGGGCCGCUGCCGUUACGAGGUCUCCUACGGCGAUGGCUCCUACACCAAGGGCACCCUCGCCCUCGAGACCCUCACCUUCGGCAAAACCCUUGUCCGAAACACCGCAAUCGGGUGCGGCCACUGGAACCAGGGCAUGUUCGUUGGGGCCGCUGGGCUUUUGGGUCUCGGAGGCGGGCCCAUGUCCUUCGUGGGCCAGUUAGGAGGCCAGACUGGAGGUGCCUUCGGGUACUGUUUGGUCAGUCGUGGGAGUACCGGCUCUUCCGGUUCCCUGGAAUUCGGGCGCGAAGCCAUGCCCGUGGGUGCGGCAUGGGUGCCUCUCAUUCACAACCCGCUGUUCCCCAGUUUCUACUACAUUGGGCUUUCGGGUCUCGGGGUUGGGGGCUCCAAGCUAAACAUAUCCGAAGAGGUGUUCCAGAUAAACGAUUUGGGGGAGGGAGGGGUUGUUAUGGACACCGGCACCGCCGUUACCCGAUUGCCGAGUUCAGCUUACAAGGCGUUUCGUGAUGCUUUCGUUGCGGAAACGACGAACCUGCCUCGGGCACCCGCGGUAUCCAUCUUUGACACUUGCUACGACUUGAACGGUUUCGUGAUGGUUCGGGUGCCAACGGUGUCGUUUUACUUCUCGGGUGGACCAUUUCUGACUCUUCCAGCGAGGAACUUUAUGAUUCCGGCAGACGAUGUGGGAACCUUCUGCUUCGCGUUUGCUGCUUCUCCAUCUGGCCUAUCCAUCAUAGGGAACAUUCAGCAAGAAGGCAUCCAGAUUUCGCUUGAUGGAGCUAAUGGCUUCGUGGGAUUCGGACCCAAUGUCUGUUGAGUGUUGACUCUUGACUCUUGAGUAUAUACACAAUUACAUUUAGUUGUAGAGUAUAUAAUUUUGUCGUAAUUAAGUCAUCUUGGUGGUGCCACACAUUUUAUUUAUUUAUUAUAUAUACUGCAUCUUUGUUUUUUUUUUCUUCUUUUCAUAAUUUACUAUUAAGUAAUAGUUUGUGAAAAGUGGUGCACUCCAGCCAUUUUGAUAGUGAUGGGUAGGAUCUAAAUUUACACUGCGGUGGUAUAUCAUUGGUCAAAAGAAUCGUAGAAAGGUUAAUAAAGCUUGCUCGGAUAUUAGAGUCCUCAUUUAUUAUAAUAUGUAUAUCAUAUUUUUAUUUUAUGAA